AUGCGAGAAGGUCCAAGGGAUCAGGUAUAUGCAAUUGUCAGCCAAGUUGGCGAAGGCACCUUCGGCAAGGUCUACAAAGCUCGUAAUAAUAUCACAGGUGUCCAUGUUGCGCUUAAGCGAAUCCGAAUGGAGACAGAACGGGAUGGUUUUCCGGUUACUGCAAUGCGUGAAAUCAAACUUUUACAGUCGCUGCGCCAUGUUAAUAUUGUCCAGUUGGUAGAGAUGAUGGUUCACCACGGCUCGGUCUACAUGGUCUUUGAAUAUAUGGAUCACGAUCUAACAGGCGUGCUCUCACAAACGCAAUUUUCGUUUACCGAUGCCCACCUAAAGUCCUUGUGUCAACAAAUGUUGCAAGGCCUUUCUUACUUGCAUCGGAAAGGAGUGAUCCACAGGGAUAUAAAGGGAUCAAAUAUCCUCCUCAACAACCGUGGCGAGCUAAAGCUUGCGGACUUCGGUCUUGCUCGAUUUUAUCAGAAGCGUCGACGUGCGGAUUAUACUAACCGGGUAAUAACGCUGUGGUAUCGUCCCCCUGAACUACUGCUCGGCACUACAGUCUACGGACCAGAAGUAGAUAUGUGGAGCGCGGGCUGCAUCAUGCUCGAGCUGUUUUGUAAAAAGCCUGUCUUCCAGGGCAACGACGAGAUUCAUCAGCUUGACGUCAUCUACAAAAUACUUGGGACACCAACACCAGAGGACUGGCCCAGCGUAGCAGACAUGCCUUGGUACGAACUCGUCAAGCCGAAAGAUGCACUUCGGAACCGGUUCAGAGAGCUUUUUAACAAAUGGCUAUCACCUGCUGGACUUGACCUUGCUGAACGUCUUUUGUCAUACGACCCCACACAACGCGCAAGUGCGGAUCAGGCUCUUGAAGCUGCUUACUUUAGCCAGGAGGAACCACCACCUGUUCUACCCGUCGGACUGGCUUCCCUAGAAGGUGAAUGGCACGAAUUCGAAUCAAAACGCGAACGCGCCAAGAAGCGGCGGAGAGUCGAAGCUGUUGCUUCAGGUGGCCCUCCAGACCCUUCAAGCCUCCCUCCUCAAUAA